AUGCCCUUCGAGGACCUCCUCCCCUUCCUUGAGGAGGAAAUCAAAGACGCAGACGAAGAGCCCAACGGUGCUGGGGUCCACGAGGGCCGGCGGCACAACGGGCGCCGUGCUCUGGAAAGUCGCGCCCCUCUUCGCCGAGUGGCUGUCGGCGCCGGCAAACCCCCUCUUCACGAGCGGCAUCCUCGCGCCGUCGUCCACCGUCCUCGAGCUGGGAUGCGGCAUCUCGCCGCUCAACGCGCUCGCCGUGGCGCCGAGGAUAGCGCGCUACGUGCUGUCCGACCAGGGCUAUGUGCGGAAACUCGCGGAGCGGAACUUGUCUGCGAAUCGGGCGCCCGUGGGAAGGUCGAGAUCCGGGGCUAA